UUCCCCUUAAGGCCGGACCGAGUGGCAGAGACGUGGUGCACGAGGCAGCAACUUUGGAAUCAAAUCGCGGGAGAUAUACCUGUUCUUCUUAAAAGGGAAAGAAGACAUCUGUGUACUUUAUUGUCGGCUUCCAAAGAUUACUAACUUUUAUCUGUAUCACUAAAAUUGAACUACCUUGGCUAUACUGCUACUCUUGCUACUGCUUCCAUUAUUGCCUUCUCCAGAAACCUAAGGCUUUCAGAAGCCAAAGAAUAACAACAAAUAGGCGCCAUAUUAGAAGCCUUUCCACUAUGAAACUUAAGCUAAAUGUGCUCACCAUUAUAUUGCUGCCUGUCCACUUGUUAAUAACAAUAUACAGUGCCCUUAUAUUUAUUCCAUGGUAUUUUCUUACCAAUGCCAAGAAGAAAAACGCUAUGGCAAAGAGAAUAAAAGCUAAGCCCACUUCAGACAAACCUGGAAGUCCAUAUCGCUCUGUCACGCACUUCGACUCACUAGCUGUCAUAGACAUCCCUGGAGCAGAUACUCUGGAUAAAUUAUUUGACCAUGCCAUAGCCAAGUUUGGAAAGAAGGACAGCCUUGGGACCAGGGAAAUCCUUAGUGAAGAAAACGAAAUGCAGCCCAAUGGAAAGGUUUUUAAGAAGUUAAUUCUCGGGAAUUAUAAAUGGAUAAACUAUCUGGAAGUGAACCGCAGAGUGAAUAACUUUGGAAGUGGACUCACUGCACUGGGUCUGAAGCCCAAGAACACCAUUGCCAUUUUCUGUGAGACCAGGGCCGAGUGGAUGAUUGCAGCACAGACCUGCUUCAAGUACAACUUUCCCCUCAUGACUUUAUAUGCCACACUUGGCAAAGAGGCUGUAGUUCAUGGACUAAAUGAAUCUGAGGCUUCCUAUCUGAUUACUAGUGUUGAACUUCUGGAAAGCAAACUGAAGGCGGCCUUAUUAGAAAUCAAUUGUGUUAAACAUAUCAUUUAUGUGGAUAAUAAGACUAUCAAUAAAGCAGAGUACCCUGAAGGGUUUGAGAUUCACAGCAUGCAAUCAGUAGAAGAGUUGGGAUCCAAGCCAGAAAACUCAAGCAUUCCUCCAAAUAGACCAACUCCUUCAGACAUGGCCAUUGUCAUGUACACCAGUGGUUCUACUGGCCGACCCAAGGGAGUGAUGAUGCAUCAUAGCAAUCUGAUAGCUGGAAUGACAGGCCAGUGUGAAAGAAUACCUGGACUAGGCCCAAAGGACACAUACAUUGGUUACUUACCUUUGGCUCAUGUGCUGGAAUUGACAGCGGAGAUAUCCUGCUUUACCUAUGGCUGUAGGAUUGGCUAUUCUUCUCCACUUACAUUAUCUGACCAGUCCAGCAAAAUCAAGAAGGGAAGCAAGGGUGAUUGUACUGUACUGAAACCCACUCUUAUGGCUGCUGUUCCGGAAAUCAUGGAUAGAAUUUAUAAGAAUGUUAUGAGCAAGGUUCAAGAGAUGAAUUAUAUUCAGAAAACUCUAUUCAAAAUAGGAUAUGAUUACAAAUUAGAACAAAUCAAAAAAGGAUACGAUGCACCUCUUUGUAAUCUGUUACUCUUCAAAAAGGUGAAGGCCCUGCUGGGAGGGAAUGUCAGGAUGAUGCUGUCUGGUGGGGCCCCUCUGUCUCCACAGACACACCGGUUCAUGAAUGUCUGCUUCUGCUGCCCCAUUGGCCAGGGAUAUGGACUGACAGAGUCAUGCGGUGCUGGCACAGUUACUGAAGUUACUGACUAUACUACUGGAAGAGUUGGAGCUCCUUUUAUUUGCUGUGAAAUUAAGCUGAAAGACUGGCAGGAAGGUGGUUAUACAGUUCAUGAUAAGCCAAAUCCCAGAGGUGAAAUCGUGAUCGGUGGGCAGAAUAUCUCCAUGGGAUAUUUUAAAAAUGAAGAGAAAACUGCAGAAGAUUAUUCUGUGGAUGAAAAUGGACAGAAGUGGUUUUGCACUGGUGAUAUUGGAGAAUUCCAUCCUGAUGGGUGCUUACAGAUUAUAGAUCGUAAGAAAGAUCUGGUUAAGUUACAAGCAGGAGAAUAUGUGUCUCUUGGGAAAGUAGAAGCAGCCCUGAAGAAUUGCCCACUGAUUGACAACAUCUGUGCUUUUGCCAAAAGUGACCAGUCCUAUGUGAUCAGUUUUGUGGUUCCUAACCAGAAAAAGUUGACCCUUUUGGCACAACAGAAAGGGGUAGAAGGAUCUUGGGUUGAUAUUUGCAAUAACCCUGCCAUGGAAGCCGAAAUACUGAAAGAAAUUCGAGAAGCUGCAAAUACUAUGAAAUUGGAGCGGUUUGAAAUUCCAAUCAAGGUUCGAUUAAGCCCAGAGCCAUGGACCCCUGAAAUUGGUUUAGUGACUGAUGCCUUCAAGCUAAAAAGGAAGGAAUUGAAGAAUCAUUAUCUCAAGGACAUUGAGCGAAUGUAUGGGGGCAAAUAAAAUGGCGCUCUCUUAUUUACAUUUGCACGGGAGGUGGCCUGAUGGUUUUUCAGUUCUAUAGUUUAAGCCUUUGUUGAUCUAUCUGUUAGAAUGUUAUAUUUGUUAUGUCUUCUAAAGAUAUCAAAACAAAGCAAAACAAAAAUCAACCAAAAGUGGUUAAAAUAGUUGUAUCUACUUUAACUUAGUUUUACGUAGUUCUAUUGAAGCUGAAAUUGAAAAGACAUUUCCCUUACUUUAGUUGUGUUAUUAAUUUUAGAGCAGAAAUUCUGUUUUUAAAUUAGGCUUAGAUACACUUGUUUUUAUAAAGAGAAGAUACUUCAUGCUAAAGUAAAUAAAUUGGAGUUGAAGUAGAUGUAGUUGAGGAAAUUUACAGCUUCCAAUAUCUGUUGUCUUCCUAGUUCAGAAGUUCCAAUAGUAAUCAUGACAAAAUUAUGGAUUAACACUACUCAAAGCAGGAGUGCCGCAGGACUUUAAAAUUCUCUCCCAACUAUUUACCUUGAAGGAGAAAAAAAUCAGCUGUAAUAUAAUAUGGAGUCAGUAUUUUAGAAGGUA